AUGUUUGCUUUAAAGAAAAAUACAGUAAGAGAAGGUUUUGUGAAUAUAUGUUUCUCAUAUUUAAAAAAAUUCUAUUUAAAAUCAAAUUUUGUUACUGUAAAUCUGAAUUAUAAAACUAGUAAUGAAAAAAGAACGAACAAAGCAUAUAAAAAAAGCAAAGCGCAGUCUCUCUUCGAUAAAGGUUUAAGUAUACACAAUAAGUUAAUAUUAUUUAAAAAUUUACCCAAAUACAAAUAUGAGAAAUCUGAAUGUAUAAGUGCCAAGGAAGUUUAUAAAUAUUUAUUAAAUGAAUAUAACCAAAGCUUCAAUUAUAUAGGUUUCUGUGAUAUUAUACAAAGUGUUAAAAUAUUUGAUGAACUUGAAAAAACAUUUACUGAUUACAAUUUCUUUAUAGAAGUUAAAAAUAUAGAUAAUAAAAAUGUAUUAAAUAAGAUUAAUGAAAUUUAUUUCAAAGAUAAGGAUAUAACUUUUCAUAGACGAGAAAUAUUGGGAAAAAUAUGUAAUAAAAUCAUGAGUUGUAUACAUGAAAUGAAUGGAAAUGAAUUAAUUCAUUUUCUUAUUUACUUUUUUAGAUGGAAUAAGAACGAUAAGAAUUUGAUUCUUUUUUAUAAUUAUUAUUUUAAUUAUGUUUUUGAUCAUAUGUAUCUUUUCAACCAUGAAAUAUACAAACUAUUAUUCAUAUUUAAUAAAUAUCUUAAUAAUAAUUCAAAUAUACCUUUCAAUAAAAAUCUGAUGAAGGAAAUGGAAUCUAAUUUAUAUUAUUUUAGGGAAAUAAAAAAUGAGAAAAAUUAUAUUAUUAAAACGAAUAAAAAGGAAAUUUAUAAAAAAUGUUUUGCAAAGUUUCAUGAAAAUGUAGACCACAUGGACAAUGAAAAGAUAUUAAAUAUUUUAAGGUUAUAUGUUGAUAAUUCAAUUUUAGAUAUUGACAUAAGUAAUAAAAUGCUAUAUAAUCUUAAUAAUAAUUUGAUAAAUGAAAAUAUUGAAUACAUAUCAAAAUUGCUAAAUUUUUAUUGUACUUUGAUUAAAAAGGAAAAAUAUGAUAAUGAUAUGACAAUAUAUAAAUUAAAAGAAGUAAUAAAAGCAACACAUCAUAUUUUAUGUGAGAAAAAGAAAAAUAUAGAAACUUUUUGUUCAGAUAUAGAUUAUAGUACAUUGCUAAAUUCAUUAAAUAAUAAAUUUAUUUUAAAUAAAGUAAUAGAUAAAAAUUUUAUUUUAUUUUAUGAAUGUUUAUUAAAGAUUCUAUUAAAUAUCAAAUUUGUAAAUCUUCAGUCACUUUGUAUUUCACUUAUUUCUAUAAAAAACAUUUAUCAUAAUAUAUUAAGAAAUAACUUUUAUAUUGUUAAUAGUGUAUUAUUUAAUGAUAUUAUGAAGUUUAGUUUAAAUUUGUGUAAUAUCUUCCUUGGUAAACGCAUAAAAACAGAAAAUGAAAAUGCAGUACUUAUUUUACAUGGUAAUGAUCAGACAAAUUAUUCAAAUAUAGAAAAUAUAAAAGAUAUAAUAAUACAAAAGAGAAUAAAAGAAUAUAUGUUUUAUAAAAUGGAAAAUUAUAAAGACUUUCAUUUUAAAUUAAAAGAUAGUGAUUUAUUGUCUAUUAAGCUUUUGUCAAAUACUUUUGUAAAAAUCAAUGAAGUUUAUAAUUCAUAUGAUUUUUAUUUACUGUUUAAUAACAUAUCAUGUAUUUUAUAUAAUUUUUUAGUAAAUAGAAAUAGUGUAAAAAAAUAUAAAGAUACUUAUAUAUAUAUUUUGAAUGACCUUUCAUUUGUCUAUAAAUAUAUAAAAAAUAAUGAUAGAACCAAAAAAAAAAAAAAUUUUUUUUUAUUAUCAAGUUGUAUGAAGGAAUUAAUAUGUAAAAAUAUAUUAAAUGUGAGUAAUAUAUAUAUAAAACAUUUACAUGAAGAAGCUAAUUUCAAUCAAAAGGAUCAAUAUGUUUGUUCCUUAACAUUUUUGAAUAAUUUAUUUUUCGAUAAAAUUAUUCAUUUUCAUUAUAUACACAAAUUAUGGUGUCACGUGUAUAAAACGUAUAACUAUUUUAAAUGUAAUAAGUUAAUUAAUGAAGAUAUAAUAUCCUUAUUACUUUUGACUUGUUCCAAGUUUCAGUAUUUUAUUGAGAAUAAUUCAAAUGAUAGAUAUUGUAGGAAGGAGUUGAUAAAUUUAAAAUAUAAUAUUAUUGAUGAUUUAAUUAAAAAUUAUUUAAAUAAAUAUAAAUCUAUAUCUAUUGAUAAUAUUUCCAAAAUUUUUAUAUCAUUAUCAAAUUCGAAAUAUACAUGUGAAGUUAACGAGAAUUUGUUAUUGGAUAGUUUACAGAAUGAGUUUGAAAAGGUAACAAAAGAGAGUAAAAACGAAGGUAUACAUAUAAUGGACAAUAAUUUAUCAGAUAAUAAUAAUUCUUGUGAGAAAUAUGAACAUAGAUAUAUCGAAUAUAAGAAGGAAAACUUAUUUAUAAAUCUGAACAAAAUUAUUGAAUGUUUAAUAAAAUUAAAUAUAUUUUUAUAUUUAAAAAAAAAAGAUACAUAUUUAAAUCUAUAUAAGGAAUUUUUAUGUCCUAUAAAUUUGAAAGAAAAUAUUUUAAAAAAAAUAUUAUAUAUAGCAAAUAAUUUGUACAUGUAUGAAAUGUAUGGCUAUGUGUGUGAAAUGUUAGAGAGGGUUUUGUCAUACCACAAAGAACAAAAUUUGUUUUCAUAUAAUUAUAAUAAAAAUGUAGAAAAUAAAAUGUUUGAUAAAAUUGUAUGUCAUAUUUCAGAAGAUGAUUAUAUUGAAAUGUCAAAUACUAUGUAUGUGUUGUUUUAUGAUUAUUUAAAAAAUAUAAAUGGUGAACGACAAAGUAAUAUUUUAAGGAAUAAUUCAAUGAGUGAUAGGUUCAUUGGUGAUAUAAAAGAAAAAGAUUAUAAAUUAAAUAAUAACACAGUUAUUAAGAAUAAUAAUUUGAAAUUAAAUUAUGAUGAAAGUAAUAAUAGUAAUGGAAAUAUUAGUAACAUUCUUAAGGAUGAUAAAAAUAAAAAUCUUAAUAAUGUUGAAAUGGAUUUAAUAGAUAACAAAAAUGAAAAUAAAAAAAUUCAGGAGAAAGGUCAAACUGGUGAAAAUCGUAAUAAUGUGGUGAUAAAUGAUAUUAUAAACAUAUUUGGCUUUUUAAAAAUGGAGAAAAAGAAAUUUUUAUUUUUUCAACUUUAUAUGUAUCUAAGUAAUAUAACAAAAUUCAAAAGGAGAUAUGUAUCGUCUUCUUCUUUAUUUCAUAUGGAUGUUUUCAAAGUUAUAAAGGAUAUGAAUUUAAAGUAUCUGUGUUUAGAGAAUUAUAAAAUAAAAAAUGAAGAAUGUGCUUUUUUGUAUACUAUAGAUAUAGUUUUGUUUAAAGAAAGAUGA